AAUUUGAUCUUGCAAAAUCGUCUAUUGCAAAAUGGUGCACAGGUAUUUUAAGUCUCAACAAUAGGCUAAAAGCUUCGAUUACUCUCAUUAACUUUUGAUUUUUAUUGGCUAAUAAGUUAUAAAUUUUAAGUCAUGAGUUUUUUGUUUAGAUGUAAUGUCUUUUAUAUCUUUCCUACUUUUUCUUUGUAAUUGGCAACUUAAAUUGAAGCAGGCUAAAAAAGAAUCUCAGAAAUUUAAAUGGAGGAACUGGCUGAUUCGCUUGCCGCCGGAUUCUCCGUAACAAAAUCUGAACCUGGUACUUUUUCAACAGACAAGAACCAUCCGCGAUAUCAACAAUUCAAACCAAAAGGAGAGGUGAAUUCUCAGAAUUUGAGGCGAAAGCGGUUCCUAGAACAACAGAAAGCGAAAAGAUGUGAUGCACAACUACUAGCCAGAAAAAUUGCCGAAGACAACUUGAGUGACAUCGAGCAAGAAGGGGAUGACUUCUCAGAUGGAAGCGAAAUGGAAGAUGAGGUCUCUAAGAGAACCGCGUUCAAAACCUCUGGUUUGUGCAGCUACUCUUCAAGGCCUCGGAAACAGCAUAAAACUCCCAGGCUCAUGCUAUCUGAAUGGCUUGUUGAUGUACCUGAAGAUUUCGAAGCAAGCUGUUAUGUGGUACCUUGUCCGGUUGGUAAACGAAACCUGGUUACUGCAUCUCAGGGAUAUUGCACUGCAUGGACAAAGUUCGGAGUGCGAGCGCAAUAUGAGUUCGAGUCAGCGCUGCCCCAUGGUAACCGCCAUAACACAAACUAUCAGAAAUAUGCUUACACAAUUUUGGAUUGUGUAUACAGUCCACCAGAGAACAAGUAUUACUGCGUUGAUUUACUCUGUUGGAAUGGACAUCCAUUUCUAGAUUGCGAGACGGAGUUCAGGUUUUUCUGGCUGCAAACAAAGUUCCAAGAGAACCCAGAAAUCACCAAGAAAUCCAAAUUCAACCGCUCGCCAUUUGAGAUUCUACCUUAUUUUCCUUGCACAUCGGAGGGAAUUGUAAAUGCUGUCUCCUAUUUUCCACCAGAAAAACUGGAUGGGGUAUGGUUUUUUCACAAGCAGACACAUUAUCAUUUGGGAGUGACUCCUCUUGUAGGCUGGCUCAAACCCCAUAUGGUCCCAGAAGUACUCAACGUACAAGUGCCUCUUCAAUACUCAAAAGAGCAAGCGCAGAUCAACAAGCAAACAACAAAACAGAAGAAAAGAUAUUUCGGAGACGCAGAAAGUGGAGAUAUUGAUAGUUCGAAACAGACUCAAAUUCUGUCUAAAGAGGACAAAUGGGCUAUGCAAUCCAAUGCAAAUCAUGCAAAUAUGACAAAUAGUUUCGCUGCUAGAGCUAAAGUUAAGCCGAAAGAUGAUUUAGACGAAGGAGAAAUAGUUGAAGACGACGAAGAUCCGUUUGAAACUCCUGGAAGUGUUCGAAUGCAGAUGAGUAGUGAUGUCGCUGGAAGUAGUAGUCAAGAUUAUGACCAGAUGAUGUCUAGUUAUAUAGCCAGCUCGGAGAGUGAGCAAGUAACAGACUUUAACAUGAACUCGAGAGCGAAAAGUGAUUUUUCUAGUGACUGGUAAUUUGUCUAGUUGCUGAUAGUUGAAUAUGCUUUUUUUUGCUACUGUCUGUACUUUGAAUCAAAUAAAAGUUUUCACAAA